CCACCAACUGAUGAACCACCAACUGAAGGACUGCCAACUGAUAAACCACCAGCUGAAGGACCACCAACUAAAGGACCACCAACUGAUGAACCACAAUUUGAUGAAUUGCCAAAUGACGAACCACCAACUGAAGGGCCACCAACUGAUGAACCACCCAUUGAAGGUCCACCAACUAACGAAAUACCAACUGAAGGACCACUAACUGAUGAACCACCAACUGAUGAACUACCAAUUGAAGGUCCACCAACUGACGAAAUACCAACUGAAGGACCACUAACUGAUGAGCCACCAAUCGAAGGGCCACCAACUGACGAAAUACCAACUGAAGGACCACUAACUGACGAACCACCAAUUGAAGGGCCACCAACUGAUGAACCACCCAUUGAAGGUCCACCAACUGACGAAAUACCAACUGAAGGACCACUAACUGAUGAACCACCAACUGAUGAACCACCAACUGAAGGACUGCCAACUGAUAAACCACCAGCUGAAGGACCACCAACUAAAGGACCACCAACUGAUGAACCACAAUUUGAUGAAUUGCCAAAUGACGAACCACCAACUGAAGGGCCACCAACUGAUGAACCACCCAUUGAAGGUCCACCAACUAACGAAAUACCAACUGAAGGACCACUAACUGAUGAACCACCAACUGAUGAACUACCAAUUGAAGGUCCACCAACUGACGAAAUACCAACUGAAGGACCACUAACUGAUAAACCACCAGCUGAAGGACCACCAACUAAAGGACCACCAACUGAUGAACCACAAUUUGAUGAAUUGCCAACUGAAGGACCACUAACUGAUGAGCCACCAUCUGAUGAACCACCAACUGAUGAUAAACCACCAUCAAAUCAAUCAACAACAACUAUUGCAUCUCCUAUCGAUUCCACAACUACGUCGGCGUCCACUGUGGUUUCCGCUUUUGGAAUGUUUAUUUCUGCAAUUAUUGCAUUUCAGUGUUUGUCAUAG